UCAAAAAAAUCACAUUUUUUUUCUCCUCCUCCUCUCGGUGUCAGUUGUCGUCCAUCUAUUUCCCCUUGCACGGUUGAUGAGCUCAUCUUGCAGUUGUUAGUAGCAACAGCUCGGCGACAAGAACACAUUUUUUUCUUUUAGUUUCUGUUUAAUUUCUACUUGCGAGAGCCACCUAAUCUUGGUGCGCCCACCAAGCGGAGGCCAUAAGCAUCUUCUUCUUUGAAGCCGUCUUCCCUCCUCUCGUCGCCUCUGGUUCAGAGAGAGAGAGAGAGAGGGAGGAGGGAGAGGUGAUCGAUUGGUCGUGCAGCAAUGGCGAGGAGCGUGCCAUGGCUUGCCGGCGUCGGCGUAGUCGUCGUCGUCAUGGUGGCGGUGGCCGCCGUGCCGGCGAUGGGGAGGUUCGUGGUGGAGAAGAGCAGCGUGAGGGUCCUCGCGCCGGAGCAUAUCCGGGGGCACCACGACGCCGCCAUCGGCAACUUCGGCGUGCCCGACUACGGCGGCACGCUCACCGGCGUCGUCGUCUACCCCGACAAGAAGGCCACCGGCUGCGUCGACUUCGGCACCAAGUUCAAGUCCAAGUCUCGCCGGCCGGUCAUCCUCCUGCUUGACCGUGGAGAGUGCUACUUCGCGCUCAAGUCGUGGAACGCGCAGCAGGCGGGGGCGGCGGCGGUGCUGAUCGCGGACAACGUGGACGAGCAGCUGCUGACGAUGGACACGCCGGAGGAGUCGCCGGAGACGGAGUACAUCGACAAGAUCAGCAUCCCGUCGGCGCUGGUGAACCGCGCGUUCGGCGAGUCGCUGAAGAAGAUGGCCGGGAAGGACGGCGGCGGCGGGGAGGAGGUGGUGGUGAAGCUGGACUGGCGCGAGUCGAUGCCCCACCCCGACGAGCGCGUGGAGUACGAGUUCUGGACGAACAGCAACGACGAGUGCGGGCCGCGCUGCGACGAGCAGAUGGAGUUCGUCCGGAGCUUCCGCGGCCACGCCCAGAUCCUCGAGCGCGGCGGCUACGCCCUCUUCACCCCUCACUACAUCACCUGGUACUGCCCGGAGGCCUUCAAGCUCACCCAGCAGUGCAAGUCCCAGUGCAUCAACCAUGGCAGGUACUGCGCGCCGGACCCGGAGCAGGACUUCGGGGAGGGGUACGAGGGGAAGGACGUGGUGGUGGAGAACCUGCGGCAGCUGUGCGUGCACCGGGUGGCGAACGAGAGCGGCCGGCCAUGGGCGUGGUGGGACUACGUCAUGGACUACAAGAUCCGGUGCUCCAUGAAGGAGAAGAAGUACAGCAAGGGCUGCGCCGAGGACGUCGUCAAAGCCCUAGGUCUGUCGCUGGACAAGGUGCUGGAGUGCAUGGGCAAUCCGGAGGCCGACACCGACAACGCCGUCUUGGCCAAGGAGCAGGAAGAUCAGAUCGGCCGUGGCUCGCGAGGGGAUGUGACCAUCUUGCCUACUCUCGUCAUCAACAACGUUCAGUACAGAGGGAAACUGGAGAGGACGGCCGUGCUGAAAGCUGUCUGCGCCGGCUUCAAGGAGGGCACUGAACCUCGCGUCUGCUUGAGCAACGAUAUCGAGACGAACGAGUGCCUGCACAGGAACGGCGGCUGCUGGAGAGACGAGAAAACGAACGUGACGGCUUGCAAGGACACGUACAGGGGCAGGGUGUGCGAGUGCCCAGUAGUGAAUGGGGUACAGUACGAGGGCGAUGGCUACAUCGGUUGCAAAGCUGUUGGGCCAGGAAGGUGCACGGUGGACAAUGGAGGCUGCUGGUCAGAGACCAGGGGUCACCAGACGUUCUCUGCUUGCUCUGACACUGCAUUGACUGGAUGUCGAUGCCCCCCGGGGUUCCAAGGUGAUGGCCACAAAUGUGAAGAUUUGGAUGAAUGCAAGGAAAAGCUUGCGUGCACUUGCCCUGACUGCCACUGCAAGAACACCUGGGGCAACUAUGAGUGCAAGUGCAAGGGCAACCAGGUCUACAUAAGAGGAGAGGACAUCUGCAUAGCCAACAGCAUGUCAAGGUUUGGCUGGUUCAUCACCAUCUUGGUCGUGUCGUGCGUAGCCGGUGUGGGGAUCGCCGGCUACGUGUUCUACAAGUACAGGCUCAGGUCAUACAUGGACUCGGAGAUCAUGGCCAUCAUGUCCCAGUACAUGCCACUUGACAGUCAGCACAACGAGAACCAGCCCCUUCGACAUGAUUCAGAUGCUUAAGUGACCUUGAGAUUUGAUGGAGGAGAAUUUGGACAGCUAUACAAAACAAAAAUGGGCUACAGAUUCAAGGCAUCAGGUAGUUCUGAUGAUUCCAGACCAUAAAUUCAGAAGAUACUUCAGUGUGCUUCCGAUGAUUUUAGCUUCAUUUUUGUAUAGUAAAAGAAAUGGUUUGUACCGAGCCACAGUGAUUGAGCGAUAGAGGAGUAGCUAGGUAGGCAUUUCUGCUCUCAUGUGGAACAACAGACGAUACACAGAAUAUUUAGAAAAGAAAAAUACAGGUGGCAAUGUAUCAUAGAUAACCAUACCAAGAAAAAAAAAGAUAACGAUGUAUCAUAUAUAACCAUAAGGUGUUUUCAUGGUUGUGAAGUUA